AUGCUAGUAUCAUUCGGAGAAAAGUUAGGAUUAAAAAGCGGCCACUCAGUCCUGAGACAAAUGAAAAACUUCAGUUCUUCCAGACCCAACCCGUUCGAAAAGGUUAAGAAAACCCUUGCGGGAACAAACAAGAAGUAUUUCUCCCUGAGGGACCUCAAAGACCCGAGACUUUUUGAACUUCCGUUCUCAAUCAGAGUGCUUUUGGAAGCAGCAGUAAGAAAUUGUGAUGAGUUCAGCACAACUAGUAAUGAUGUUGAGAAGAUUUUGGGCUGGGCCAAAAAUAGCCUAAACCAGACAGAAAUCCCAUUUAUACCCUCAAGAGUCCUACUCCAGGACUUCACAGGCGUACCAACGAUCGUUGAUUUGGCUGCGAUGCGUGAUUUCGUAGCAAAGUCUGGCAAGGACCCAACCAGGAUUAACCCGCUGGUACCAGUGGACCUUGUGAUCGACCACUCAGUUCAAGUGGACUUUAGCCGAGAUUCUAAAGCACUGGCACUGAACCAGGAAACCGAAAUGAACAGAAAUUCAGAAAGGUUCAGGUUUCUUAAAUGGGGAGCACAAACAUUUAAAAAUACACUCAUUGUUCCGCCAGGAUCAGGAAUUGUCCACCAGGUAAACCUGGAGUUUUUGGCAAGGUGUUUGUUUGAUAAGAAUGACGUUUUGUACCCGGACUCCGUGGUUGGAACGGACUCCCAUACUACGAUGAUUAACGGGCUGGGAGUUGUAGGCUGGGGAGUUGGAGGAAUUGAAGCAGAGGCAACUAUGCUGGGACAGCCGAUAAGCAUGUUACUUCCACAAGUGGUUGGAUUUGAACUUGUUGGGAAACCAAGCGAAAAUGUGUUUUCAACGGAUGUGGUUUUGGCAGUUACAAGUCUUUUGCGUAGCGGAGCAGGAGUGGUGGGCAAGUUUGUUGAGUUCUUUGGAGAAGGAGUCAAGUACUUAUCUUUAGCAGACAGAGCAACGAUUGCAAACAUGGCGCCAGAGUACGGAGCCACAGUGGGUUUCUUCCCUAUUGACCAGUUAACACUUGAUUACCUGCUCCAAACAGGGCGACCAAACGAAAAGGUUGACCUUCUGGAGAGGUACUCUAAGGAGAACCUUCUCCAUACAUCAACCAGUGAAGCUGGUUCAAUUAAGUACAGCACAGUUGUAAGACUUGACCUGAGCACUCUGACCCCUAGCAUAGCUGGCCCAAAGAGACCUCAGGACAACAUACCACUACACCUUGUUAAAACCAAGUACUCGGAACUCCUAACAAGCAAAGACACCAAGGGAUACGGUUUAGACACGUUGUCAAAUAAAGUUAAAUUCACAUACAAAGGAAACGAGUAUGAGUUGGAUAAUGGAUCUGUGGUAAUUGCGAGUAUUACGUCAUGUACUAACACCAGCAACCCGUCUGUAAUGUUGGCAGCUGGACUUUUGGCCAAAAAUGCAGUGGAACACGGGCUCUCAGUCAAACCUUACAUUAAGACUUCAUUAUCACCGGGAUCCAAAACUGUGACUCGAUAUUUGGAGUUGAGUGGACUAAUAGGAUACUUGGAAAAACUAGGCUUUUACAUUGCAGGUUACGGCUGUAUGACGUGCAUAGGGAACUCCGGAGAGCUCGACCCUGAGGUGACUGAAGCUAUUUUAAAUAACAAGCUGGUGGUUUCAUCGGUUCUCUCAGGGAACAGAAACUUCGAGGGAAGAGUCCACCCGCACACCAGAGCAAACUUUCUUGCUUCACCGCCACUUGUAGUUGCCUUCGCACUGGCUGGAAACGUCAAUUUCGACCUGAUGAGCGAACCUCUGGGGGUUAGCUCUAAAACUGGAAAGCCAGUUUUCCUCAAUGACCUGCUCCCAAGUAAGGAGGAGGUGUCUAGCUUAGAGGCUCAGUUCGUGAAGGCUAGCUUAUUCAACGAAGUUUACCACAACAUUACUGAGGGAAGUGACUCCUGGCGAAAACUUAACUCACCUAAAUCAGAGCUGUACCCAUGGGAGGAGCUUUCAACGUACAUCCAGCACCCUCCGUACUUCAAGGGCAUGCAUUUGGAUAAGCUAAAUGAAGUUAAGCCGAUUAAGGACGCACGAGUUUUACUUCUCCUAGGGGACUCUAUAACCACUGAUCACAUAAGUCCAGCGGGUAACAUUGCUAAGAACUCACCGGCAGCAAGGUUCCUCAUGGAAAAUGGCGUUGAGCAAAAGGACUUUAACUCAUACGGGUCCAGGAGAGGAAACGACAAGGUUAUGUCUAGGGGCACUUUCGCCAACAUUAGGAUCAACAACCUUCUCUGUCCAGGACAGGGCCCAAACACAGUCCACUUUCCCACUAACAAGCUUAUGUCAGUUUAUGAUGCUUCCGAAUUGUACCAGAAAGAGAAUACACCUCUCGUAGUUGUUGCAGGAAAGGAGUACGGAACGGGAUCCUCAAGAGACUGGGCUGCUAAGGGACCUCUUCUGCUUGGAGUUAAAGCCAUUUUAGCGGAAUCUUUUGAAAGAAUCCACCGAACCAACCUUGUUGGAUGCGGCAUUUUACCUUUACAAUUUCUAGAUGGGCAAAACGCCACAACUCUUAAUCUUAGCGGUAAUUUACACUUUAGUUUUCAAAAUUUAACAGGAACUGAGAAAUUUACUGUUCAGCUUGGAAAUGAUGUUGAACCUGGUUCUUUGGUCAGGGUCACCACUGACACUGGAUUAUCAUUUGACACUAAAUGCAGAAUUGACACACAAAUCGAGGUAUUCCUUCCACUAAUUAUUUUCAUUUUCAGGGUGAGUACUACAAACACGGUGGAAUAUUACAAUAUGUUCUAA